AUGCUAGGCUCCACUGCCGGCUGGUACUCUGUAGCAGCUACCGCAGUCGCCUGGACCAGCCCUCGAGGCCUCCUGCACGCCCCUCCGGCCUCCAGCCCUGCCGCCGCCCUCCAGUCUAUUCGCUGCUACUCCCAUGGGCCACAUGAGACAGACGAGGAGUUUGAUGCUCGCUGGGUGACAUACUUCAAUAAGCCAGAUAUUGCUGCUUGGGAAUCGCGUAAAGGGAUGAACAUCCUUGUGGGCUAUGAUCUGGUUCCAGAACCCAAAAUCACUGAUGCUGCUUUGCGGGCAUGCAGACACUUAAAUGAUUUUGCUAGUGCAGUUCGCAUCCUAGAGGUUGUUAAGGACAAAGCAGGACCUCAUAAGGAAAUCUACCCCUAUGUCAUCCAGGAACUUAGACCAACUUUAAACGAACUGGGAAUCUCCCCUCCAGAGGAACUGGGCCUUGACAAAGUGUAAACCCCAUGGAUGGGCCU